ACCAAUCCCUGAACCAGACCAUUUUACAUUCAGCAUGACUGAAACAUCUAUCGCCAAACCUUACACCAUUUAUGCCUGUGCUGGUGAUGAUGUCACUCUGCCCUGUUACCUCUUUCCUGAAAAGAGUGCUGUUGCCAUGAAGAUCAAGUGGUUUAAGGGGACAGACUGUAUUUGUAUUUACCAGAAUGGGCAGGUGAAAGAGGGUAAGGGCUACGAGGGAAAAGCGAGUCUGCUUACUCAUGAGUUGGAGAAAGGGAACGUGUCUUUAAUGCUGAGCGAUGUUCAGGAGUCUGAUGGUGGAAAGUACAAGUGUGAGGUGACUCAUGAAGAAUACAAAGUAGAAAACAGUGGAGUGGACCUACAAAUGUCAGAAUUCAAGCUGGUCCACAGAUCUGAAGAUGUUGGAAAGCCCUUUGGAUCUGAUAAUGCAUCUCACUGCAUGGCUGCGGAGAAGGAUUAUGAUGUCACUCUGUUCUGUCACCUCUCUCCUAAAAUGAGUGCUGUUGCCAUGGAGAUCAGGUGGUUUAAGGGGACAGACUGUAUUUGUCUGUACCAGAACAGGCAGGUGAAAGAGGAGAAGGACUACGAGGGCAGAGUGAGUCUGUUCACCCAUGAGCUGGAGGAAGGAAACGUGUCUCUAGAGCUAAGGAAUGUACAGUGGUCUGAUAGUGGAGAGUACAGGUGUGAAGUCACAUGUGGAGAUGAAAAAGUGGAAGCAUCAAUUACCUUAAUGACAAAAAAAAGUCAGCCACACUCUGGGACAAUAGAAUGGAAGAAAUUAGGUGAUGAUGAUGAUGAUGACACACCUAAAAAACCAGGAAGGCGGUGGAGUAUGACACUGGAUUUUCCCAGCAAAAAACCGGGAAGACGAUGGAGUAAUCCGGGGGAUGUUCCCAACAUGUGAAGACAGAGCCCAAGAGAGAAACAGCAGAGGACAAAGGACAGAAGUGGAUUACAGUAAAGGACAUUAGAGAGCAUUAACACACCAAAGAGAAAUGAUCUUUCUGUUCUAUAUGUUACGGAUGUGUUUAGUGUAAAUAAGGCUGCAUUCACACUUAGCAUAAUUUAUUUUAAAAAGAAAUCUAUAGUAAUAUGCUCACACUUCAACCCUAACCAUAUUUUAUGGGUCCUGGUCUGUAGCUAACUACCAAUACUCUCUAGAUUAGAGUUAUUAUUGUCAGUAAUACAGAUGAAAUACAGAUUGGUGUAACUCUGGGGAUCAGGAGGCUGUUUGAUUUUGCUGUAGCAGCUACAGUUAAA